GUCCCACGGGAUCAGUAAAUUAAUAUUGUUUUGAUGUUUUAUAUGAUGAUUAAAGAUAUCUAGAGGCAAAAACAUUUCACACAUCAUGAUUGGAGAUUUAGUAUCAGGCUCAGAAUCUUCAAAGCUUGUUCUUAUUGAAGAUUCCAUCGACGCCUGUGGAAGAAAUCUUCUAUUGUCUUACAUCCUAUCCUUAUCAAAUAGAGUAGAUGAAGUUCACCUCAUUUUAUAUGAUGUCAGAGCCCAGGACACUUGUGAAGAAAUCAAAUCAUUGGGAGUUCAAAAUGUCAAAGUACAUGAUGCAUCAAAAGAUCUUCUUGGAUGGGAAAAAUCCCCUGGGCUAGGACUUCACACAGACCUCAAGGCUUACAUAAAAGAAAGAAUAUCUCAUGGGAGCAAAUCUGUGGGAGUGGUAUUGGAUUCUCUAAGUCCUUUGUUGACACACACAUCUCCUCCUUUUACAUGCAAGACUCUUCAUGGACUGGCCUUUUCUGCAGAUCUAGGGUCACAGGUUCAACAGGUUGUUGGUUUAAUCCAUGGGGAUCUCCAUGACGACAACAGCCUCACUUUGAUUCAUCACACUGUUACAACAAUUCAUAAACUGGUGCCAGCCAUAACAUCUUACUCAAUGUUUUGCUGCAAUACACUACACAAGAAAGCCUCAGGAAAAGUGAUCAAAAUUAAAGAGAGUUUCAACAUAACAGAGGACUUUCGAGUCACAGGUGUUGCUGAAGUAAAGCAGCUAACUCAAAGUGUCCCUCAGGAUCAGAACCAGACAGACCCUGCAGCAAACCUCCCAUUCAAUUUAUCAUUGUCUGAAAAAGAGAAGGAGGCCAGGAGCCAAGUCAUCCUCCCUUAUACAAUCAACAAAGAAAGACAGGAAUCUGUACUGGCUAAAUCUGUGGGAGAAGGGAAGAUUUUUUAUCAACCAGAUGAAGCUGAUGAUUUUGAUGAGGAGGAUCCGGAUGAUGACCUUGAUAUUUGAACUUUUGCCCACUGGGUUCAUGUAUACUACAUUCAGAAGGAUAAUAUUUAAUAUCUAGUAAAACCAAAACAGGCAACAAUGACUUCAGCACAACGUUAUAUCGACUCCUGAUAAAAAAAAAACUUAUAACUGAGCAUUGCAUUUAUGGACUGAGUUAAUGAAUAAAUGAAUUUCCUUUUU